AACAUUUUAGGAUUGUCUACAUGGCAAACAUGCUCUUCUUUACAAUGCUAUUCAUAAUAACGAUGUCAGCUGUAGCAGAAGCAGACAAAAGACAAUUAGAACGUGAAAAAAGACAAGAUGAUAUUCACAUCUAUGUUGAUGGUGGAACAUCUUCUGGUCAAUGCUGUGGUACAUCUUCAUCUUCCCGAGGCUAUUAUCCCAUGUACUACCCUGUUGCCGUCCCGAUGUACUCUUAUGGAGGCUUGUUUUCACUGCUUUCGCGUUAUUCGUAUGCAUCGCAACAAUGCGUAGGGCCUUGCGUGAAUGCACAGUGCCCGGCAGGGUACACUUGUAACGCAAACAAUCAGUGCUGCAGGGCUGCUAUCGGAAAGUGAACUACCACUUGUCACGGCUCAAAAAACAGGUUGUGUAUCCAAAAUCCACAACGAUUGGGCAGAAUUUACAUGGGAUGAGCACUGCAUAGAUUCGAGAAUUGAACUACGAUGUUUCCAUGUAUACCCUUUGUAUCUUUUAGAUGAUAAAUUCGCCAGAUAUCGAUGCAAUACGGUGCAUAAGGCUAACUUGAAUCUUUUUCUAGAAAAAUAUUAUAGAUCGUGUAUUAGAACUUUUUGAAACCUUGUUAAAUCACUGUCACUGUUAUCCC